GUGUUGUCAAUGCAUCUGAUUAUUAGAGUAAUUGCUAAUCCAUAUGCGUAGCUGCAAUUUGAUUCAUAAUACGGAUUACAGUGUGUGUUGCAGUGGAUUUUAGAGUCUAUUUCGCUGCGUGACUGUCCUCAGCUGAGCAUCUAUGUGGAUUCUGGUGCUUUUGACAAGCAGCACUGUGAAUUUUGCAGUGUCUCUUGAGGAUUUGGUGUUUAUAUAAUCUCUCUCUCUCUCUACGCAGCAUUCAACGAACUUGAACUCGGAGAGGAAGCAAGCAGCCCACUUCCUAUCGUCAUGGCAACAGCAUGUGAAUGCGUUGAGCCAGAGAGAGAGAGAGAGAGAGGGAGAGUGGGAACAGCAUCCGAAGGCACGGCUCCGUCUCCAGAGCGAAUGACAGGUUCCCCAUUUUCAAGAAUAGCUUGAAGGAGCCAAUGGAAUAUUUCUCAUGAGAAAGUGCUGAACCGAAAUCCAAGAUGGAAAACACAACCCUGCUUUGUUCUGCCCAGGGCUGGUGCGGCCCAAACGUGUCCACCUUUUCAUCCGAGUGGGAUGAUAGCGUGAACUCGUUUCUGAUGGCACCUGACGUGAUCAAACCCCCUCCGCAGUUCCAGGAUCCAGAGGAUCCGAUCCAGGAAUCACCGGCAAACUCAAGACGGGAUAAAGACGGUGUGAGGAAAGAGCGUAGGAGUCGACCAACCAGUAACAUAGAGCUCCACAGACGCUCCUUGUCACUCUCCACUUCUGUCAAUCCCAACCCCGGUGUGGCGAGACGCCGAUGCGAAAGCUACGCGCUGUCGUAUCCCAGCAGCAGCUCGGAGGACAGCGACAGCAACUCUACCAGAAGAGGAGAGCGACUUCCCGAUGCCGUACCUCGAUCCCGAUCCCGAAGCAUCGUCCUCAAGAAGCCCAAAAGAAAACCAGCUCCACCGGUGCGAACCGUGUCCCUCCAAAGGCUCGCGGCGGAGCAUAAACAGGGACUUCACCUUGGGAGAAAAGACUCCCAAAGCAUCAAGACACUCCCAGAUCUCAUUCCAACCUCGAAGCAAGACGUCGGCAAGUGCAAGAAGCCAACGGAAGCGCCGUUGAACACAUCAGUCUCCGGUCACAGGGCCUUAAAUGAGCUUCGAUCCAGCGAACCGUGCAAGUCCUCCGUGGCGGCUCCAAUAAAUGAAUGUAUCUCGGAUGUAAACACAUCUCCGUCGUCGUCACACUCUUCCCAGCCCUCAAUCUCUUCGCCUUCAAAGCGCAACUCUCCAUCAAGCGGCUACGCAAGCCAGUGUGAAACACCAACUCAGUCGGUCCUGUCCUGUAGGAUGCGCCAUAAGCCUUCCGGCGUUAUUCCAGGCCAGAGAACCAGACACCGUAACGGGAGGCUUUCUCUUCAGUUUCCUGAAUUUCAACAACACACUCCCGAUCCAGAGCCUUCAGUUCAACCCAAAGUGAAUCGCCGUUACUCGGACAGCACUGAAUCCACCAGACCCAAGCAGAGGAUGAGUAACAGCAUGUUGAUAAUGCCUGUCGUUACCCAGGAGGACUUGAAUAAUGUGCGUUUACGGGCAGUCAGUAGCACUGAUCUGGAGAACGCGCCGGAAACUACAUCUGACAUUAUCGAGGAGGAGACUGGGAACAAUUUAAGCCCUACAAACAACCAAAAAGCCAAACCCCCAGUGGCUCCGAAGCCGCAGAGAAAUAAAUGGCCGCCCAAUGCUGUGGUUCAGCCACGUCUCGGAGCAACUUCUAAUGCAGAAACGCCAACGGUCAUCGCCGGUGCGAGAUCAGAAGACAUUUACGCAAUGGUUAGCAAAGCGAAACCAACAGGGACUGUGCCUUCACAAAGUACUGGACAAGCACAUCAUCUGUUUUUGGAAGGGUUGCCACAACCCCCGUGUGCUUUUGAGCCGCAGAAUCCAAAAGCGGUCCCCUUCAACACCGCCAGCUAUAGUAACCAAAUCCAUAAGAAGAGAAGAGCGCCACCACCUCCUCUGGCAAGGACUCCAGCUGUGGACAAUUCGCUUGAUCACAACUCAGAUGCUCUGAAGAGCCCAGACGAAGCCCAGUCGCCAUCAAACCUCUGCAAGUCUCCAAAGUCCCCGACCUCUGCAAGCCAAUAUCAUGUCACUUUAUAUGGCGUCAUUCCAACUUACCCUUCGGUCUCUGAGCAACAGCACUCAAGUGCACCAGGUCAUCCAACAAACAACGUAGAGAAGAGGGAGCGAAUGCCCGACCUUGGACCUUUACAAUUAGUAGGAGAGGAAGAUGAUGUAUUUCUUUACAAGUCCAAAUCUCAAACAACAGAGGAUCUAUUCACCAUAAUUCACAGGUCUAAACGAAAGGUCCUGGGUCGGAAAGACUCCUUUGAAAACAAACACGGUGACCCUGGCGCUCAGACACUCGGCAGCGGAGCGUCCAAGAUCAGCUCUCAAAAUGACAACUUCAUGGCUUUUCUGAGGAGGACGAGAAGCGCCAAGGCUGGUUGCAGUGAACGAAUCUCAGCCACAGAGCUGCUCAGAAGCUCCAAACCCUCUGUUACCAUUGCAGAAAACAUCACACAUUGCAAAAACAGCUAUGUACAGUCACACGGGCCAUAAAGUUGAGUUUUUUCGCCACAAUACCACGUUAAAGUUUCCGAAACAAUAUCAAAGUAUAAAAAAAAAACGAGCUCGUAAAUAUGCGUUUGGAUCCGAAGCACAACAUUAAGACGUUCAAAUCAUCUCUUCCUGAAACGUGCAUUGCUUUUUCAUUGUAUUGAAUGAUAACACAAUAGUUUGUAAAUUCAAAUAUAUCUUUACGUGUUAAUGUAAAUAUAAAUGUUUUAAGAGUUGAGAUGCUAUAAUAUUGCAGUUCUUGUCAUAAAGUUACUGAAUAUAAAUUCAUUAAUAAUUGGUUGUGUUUGGGCUUCCUGCCUUCCAUAACGAAGCAGAUUAUAUCAAUGACUGUUUUAAAAUGUUCCGCUGUAGACUUGCAGAUGUUCAGUAUAUUAAAUUGCUUUUCAGAAGUAA